AUGAAUCAAUCCAGCAUCUUGGAUCGGCUUUCAGCUCUCGAUACUACUAUCGUGUCUGAUGCCUUGGAUUUUCUCAACCUCAAAGGAGCCACAUACGGCCUACUACCACUCUGGGCUUGUCCCAAAAUCGUGGGGCGUGCCAGCACAAUAAAAGUUGGCCCAAAAAUCGAUACGACCCCCACAACCCAUCUGCUCACUCCAGUUAUAGAUGCGGUAGAGACAGAGGACCGUAUUCUAGUAAUUUCUGGGGGAAUAGAUGGCGUUUCAUGCUGGGGUGAUAUCGUUUCCAAUGCCUCGAAAGAGAAACGCAUCCGCGGAACCAUCAUCGAUGGUGUGAGUCGCGACAUCGAUGGCAGCCGUGAGGUUGGUUACCCAGUUUAUGGACGUGGCGUGACUAUGAUAAGCGCACGCAAUCGAAUGAUACAAAUCGAAUCUGGAAAACCGCUAGAGAUGCGAGGCGUCACUGUCCACCAAGACGACUUUGUGAUCGCUGAUACAUGCGGGACGGUGUUUGUCCCAGCUGACCGCAUCAUCGAGGUUUUGGAACUUGGUGAAAAGAUCCAAUACCGUCAGGCUCGCAUGGUUCAGGCUGUUCGUGCAGGUCACCCCGUAUCAGAGGUUAUGCAUGAUACGCAAUUUGAAGCCAUACGCGAAGAUAGGCUGUCUCAGACAGACGUGGUCUCCGUCAAGGGAAAUCCCAAGAAAGCCAGUGCAGGCGAUAAAGAGUUGGUAGCUCUGUUCACAGGGUUAGAUACCCCUGGAGUUUCUGACGCGCUUGAUAAGCUGGGAAUUCCGGGCCAGGUCUUCAAUAUCAUGCCUUUGUGCAACUACAAAAAGGUUACUGUAGGGCCAGCCUUCACGGUGCGUUACGUACCCGCCAGCGACCCGCCAGGAAGUGUCGGUGAUUUCAUCGACGACGUUGCUGAAGGCGAUAUUGUGGUCAUCGACAACAACGGCCGCACAGAUUGUACCGUCUGGGGCGAUAUCAUGACGCAGUACGCCGGCUUGCGAGGCAUUGCUGGAACUGUUGUCGACGGUGUAUGUCGCGAUGUAAGCCGUGUUAUCGCCGAUGAGUAUCCGCUCUUUACGGCUGGACGGUGGAUGCGAACCGGCAAGGAUAGAGUUCAAGUUGGGGGCGUCAAUGAGUCUAUCGGCAUUGGCAAAGUACGUGUUGAGCCGCGCGAUAUUGUCGUUGCCGAUGCAAAUGGCGUCGUUAUUGUUCCGCGAGAUCGAGCCCGCGAGGUGGCCGAAGUGGCGCAAAAGAUUGAGAAAACUGAAGCUUGUAUUCGGGACAUGAUCGCAAGAGGAGCUUCGAUUGCCGAAGCUCGCGAAGAGCUCGGCUAUCACAAACUGCAGCGUAAGACAUGA